AUGAAAGAUGAAAACGAAGAUAAUUUAUCAAGAAGCUUUUUAAAGCAAAGAAUAAAAAAUGUGAAAAAUAUUUUAAUUAAGGAAAAUGAAAUGCCUAAAAUUGAUCAAAUCUUCAAGUAUGAAUUGAAAACAAAUUACACAGAAAUAGAUGAUUUAUUACAUUACUUGAAUGGUAUUAUAUACAAAAAUAUAGAUACAUUUCAGAAAUUAACCUUGUUAUAUUCGUAUGACGACAAUAAUGAUUACAGCAAUUCAAAUAUUAAGCAAAAUACUUUUGUAUACCUAUUGAAACAGAAAAUUAAAUUUAGAGACAAACAUAAAAACAAAAAUUAUGUAGAUUAUUUAAAAACAAACCCGUUAAUUUUUGUAGAUACACUUAACAAAUUAUUAAUAAUACCAGGCAUCAGUUUCGAAUUUAAGGUUUACAAUUAUGAUGAAAAGGUCAAUAAAUAUUUUGUUAGAAAAUCAGAUAUUAAAAGCAAUACAUUAUACAAUCCAUGCUUCAUUAAAUUGCAUAAUGAUCGUUUUAAAAGUAUCGUCAAAGUUAAUCGAAAAACAGACAGAAAUGGCAAAAAGAAUGGUAAAAAAUAUGAUAAGCAACCUGAUAAGCCACACGAUAAAAAAAGUAUAAGACAAAGUGAACAGCAUAUUGAAAACUAUUUUGCAAAAAAGAAUUCUUUGUCCAACACCAAAAAAUUAAAAACGAAUUUGGUUCCUAAAGAAGAAAAUAAUUCUGUGAAUGAAUUAAAUGUUCAUAGCCAGGAAUACUGUAACAAUGAAAUUAAACACAAAGUUGACGUUUUCCGUAUUAAUGAUAAUUCAGAAAAGAAGAAAAAUGGCGAAAUAUGCGAUCACAUGGAACAAAAUGAUGACAAAAAUUUCAAUAAUAACAAUGUUGAUCAAAAAAAUCUUGCAAAUAAAAUGGAACGGAGAAAACGAAAGAGCCUUAACACGAUCUCCAUCCCCAAAGGUAAUAAUAAUACUAAUUAUAACAAAAAGCAUAAAAAUAAUAAUGUUAGCAACCUUAUAAAUAAGAUGUACAACGAUAUUUCACUCCCUAAUGGACUAAAAGGAAAGGGGGAACAGAUGGAAGUAACCACAGUUGACGAAUGUAAAGAAGAGCAACAAGAGAAAGAACAAGAAGAAGAAGAAGAAGAACAACUAAAACAACAACAACAACUAGAACAACAAGAACAAGAUCAGGAAGAGAGUUAUGAACAUGAAGAAGAAGAGUAUGAAAGUAGCUGCAAUAACGACAGGGAUAGCAACAAAAGUACGCAUUUCUUUUACGACUUGGUUAACGAGUAUGAAAUAUACAUAAACAAUGUCAAAUGUUUUAUAAUUUUUGAUUUAAAGAGUUGUUAUAAAAAUUUGAAUAUUAUGAAAAAAUUAAAAAAAAAUUUAGAAGAAUUGAAAAAACCAAAUAAUGUUUUCAAAGAAAUAAUAAACAAAAAAACAUUCAAGUCAUCCAGAGAUAAAAUUGAAUUUAUAAAACGAUUUAAAAAAAUGAUUAUUCCAAAUUUUAGAAUAGAAAAAAUUAGAAAGCAGAGAAACCAUUUAAUUAUUAUUGAGUUAAUGUCUAAGAUACAAAACAGUUUAAUAAUAAAAAGAUUGUAUCAAGAAUUAACUAACAAAGUAAAUUUAGACGAUUUAAUAAAAAACACAGUUCAAAUUUUUGCUAGAUCUGUAGAAAAAAUUAAAAAUGAAAAUAUUAAGAAAUUUUAUUUAAGCAUGAUUAAUACCUAUUUUCAAAAUAAAAAUUUAUCUGUUAUCGACUUUAAAAAUUUAAUCCAAUUAUUUAAGAAAAAAGAAGAAAAACAAAAAAACGAGGAGUUUUAUAAUUUGUUUCAAAACGAUCUAAAUUAUUUAGAAAAAAAUAAAAAACAGUGUGAAGAAAUAGAUGCAAAAAUUAACUCCUUAAAAUAUUUAAUAUUGGAAUCUAUAUUAAAAGAAAAACAAUUAGAAAGAUCAGUAAAUAGACUACUUUUAAAUCAUGAACAAUCAAAAUAUGGUUAUUUUUAUAAAGUUGACCAGAGUGAUGAUAACACUUUAGACACUACUGAAUAUGGAAAACUACUGGAAAACUUUUCCAAAGAGCCAGUAAAUUUUUAUACCAUUCUAAAUAAAAGAAACCUCGACAAACAUGCAUAUCAUGACAUAAGAAAUUUUAAUUACAAAAGAAAAAAUGAAGAUGAAGCUUUGAAGCACGAUGCAACAACCUCAAGUCACAAUCAAGCAAAUAAAAGUAUCAGAAAUUCCUGUGAAGGCUGCAAAUUAAAAACUCAAGGCGACGAAGAAAAUCAAAGAACAGAUAAAAAUAAAAAAAAUGAGUGCUUAAAUUCAGUAGAUAAUAAUGAAAAUUGUGAAAAUAAUUCAUUAUGUAACGCAAAUAAGCCUUUAGAAAAUCAGUGUGCAAAUAAAGAGGAAACGAAUAAAAAUGGGGAUAAUGUUGAGGACACUCAUGACGCUGUUUAUCAAAAAUAUAAAAAUGAAAAAAAAACAGAAUCUCAUAAAUGCAACAAUCAGGAAGAAUAUUACAAAUGCAAACUUAAAAAAAUAAAGGAUGAUGAUAAAAAUCUAGCAAAGAAGGACGAUAUUAUUAUAAUGGAAAAAUACAAAGAUCAAUAUGAUAAGAAAAUAAAUUGUUGCAAAAUUAUUGAAAACAAAAAUACGCAGAAUUCUGUCACAACAAAUAAUUAUUUAAAAAAAAGUACAACAAGCAAAGAGGAUAAUAUAAAAAAGAUAAAAAGGGAUACUGCAAAAAAUUACAUAAAUAAGUGCGCAAAAGAAUCAAUAUAUAAAAAGUCGAACAGUUCUGAAAACAGAAAACAACCGAAUUUAAAAGAAAAAUAUAAAAAUGAUGAAGAAGAAAUUCCAAGUGAGUAUGAAAGCGAAUACGAAAGAGACAUCAUUAGGUCAACAUGUGAAAAAAAAAAAUUCAUAUUUGCCAAAGAAAAACAGGAAAAAAUAAAUAACGAAAUAUUUUACAAGGUAUUUGAACAAUACCCAUAUAGCUUUUUUUCCAAAUCUGUCAAAAAUUAUAAUUUAAUUUUAAAUGAAAAUAAGGAAGAAUCUGAAUUAUCAUGGCUAACAAUGCUAAAAAAAAAAAAUCACAAUAAAUCUAUUUUACCUCCAAGCAGAGACACAUUUAGAGACGGCACUCAUUUUUCUAAUUGUCGUGCUACGGAACACACGUUAAAAUUUUUUUUGUCACUUUUGUCCCUAUUAACAAAGGGUGAAAUUGACAUAAAUUUAAAACAAUACCUGAAAAAAAAUAUUCAAUUUUUAAACACUGAACUAUUUAGUAUGAAACUAAAUUUAGAUAAAAAAAGAGCCAUACUUGAAAAACGAUUAGACCAUUUUAAUUUUCAGGAAAACUCCGAAUUUUCCUUUUAUAAUCCAUUAAAAAUGAAUAUACGUAUGAUGAAUUUAAUUGGAAGAGGGGGAUUUGCUGAAGUAUGGGAAGUUUUUGAUUCUAUAAAUUUAGAAAUAUACGCAGCGAAAAUUCAUAAAAUUGAACCCAGCAUGACAAACGAAAUCAAAAAUAAAAUAAUUCAAAGAGCAGAAAAUGAAAUAAAUAUUCAUAUCCACUGUCAUAGACAUAUUUUUAUUGUAAAAUUAGAAUUUUUUUUUGUUUUUGGAUCUGCAACAAACUUACUAGUGGGAAUGGAAUUAUGCGAUAUAGAUUUGGAUAAAUAUAUUAAAUAUCAUGGUCCAAUUAAUGAACUUUUAGCUUUAUGUUGGAUUAAACAAAUAUUACUUGGUUUAUUAUAUAUGAAAACUUUGCCCACAGGAAAAGUUCAUCAUUGUGAUUUAAAACCAGCUAAUCUGUUAAUAAAAGAUGGAAUUAUUAAAAUAUCUGACUUUGGAUUAGCUAAACUCAUCUUACCAGAUACAUAUCAAUACUAUAACGGCGGUGGGACAUUGUAUUAUCAACCACCCGAGUGCUUAAAAAACAAAAAAAAUAUACCUAUCACGGACAAAAUUGAUAUAUGGUCAUUAGGAUGUAUUUUGUAUGAAAUGCUUUUCUGUGAAAGACCUUUUCAAUUUAAUUAUCUUGAAAAAUGUUCAAAAGAGUUAUUAGUUAAUAAAAUGAAAAGAGGUUUAACUUAUCCAAAAAUUAAUCAACAAAUUUCAGAAGUAACCCUAAAUUAUAUACAGUACUUACUAAAUUUUGAUUAUGAGUUUAGGCCCUCCAUAGAGGAGGCCUUGAGCUAUCCUAUAUUUAAUUUUUUUCGUAUACCUUAA